AAAUUUGGCGCUCGUGACCGGAUGUGACGUUUCAUUCAAAGGAUUGUGGGAAAUCAAGCUGUCGGUCGCCCUUGUGCCCUCGUCCUAGUUCACCAUACAAGUUUGCCAAAAUGUACAGACGACUAACGGGAUUUGGCCAGCUGUACAAGCGGACCAUCACCAGCAGUGCCCGCAGACAGAUUGACAACAUGGUCAAAGAAAAACAGAGGCUGUUUCAGGAGGACAAUGGUAUUCCUGUUCAUCUGAAGGGUGGUUCCAAGGAUGCUCUUCUGUACAGAGCCACAAUGGCUCUCACAGUUUUUGGCAGUGGCUACGUCGUAUAUGAGUUGUUGAAUGCAGCAAUGCCCAAGAAGGCAUAGUUGACCUAUUCAACUGUAUUUUUCAUUGUGCAUCAGUGCAACACAAAAUCUCUGUUGUGCAGAUUUGUAAACUGGGAGAUUAUUUGUCCUAUCAAAAAUUCAAUAUAUUUUUGGGAUCAGUAUUUAUUGAUUGUACAAUUAAUUAAGUGCAAAUGAUAAAUGUAAACAUACCUCAGAUGAUGGUGCUUGCCUUUGAAGUAGAUUUCUGAUAAACAGAUUAUUGAAUUGAGUGUGUUGGAAGAGGGAAGAGACAGUUGCAACAAUAUGAUUUGAAGUUACAAUAAAUCUGUGACUUACUGA